AGGUCGGUCCUUCCGGCUGUCUGAGACGCGCUGCCAGGCGCGUUUCCGUGGAGACGGGCCGGUACGCUGUGCUGCAGCCUUCCCGGCUUCUCCGAGAGGUCUGAUGAUUGCGCGAGUCCUACGACGCUACGUCCGGGUGCAGAGCAGGCCGCGGCUUCCCCCUAGGCCCAGAACUGCCCAUUGUUGCGCGAGGAGAAGCCGUUGCUACCGAGAUCCAGGAUCAUGACGGACCCUCUCGGAGACCAUCGUCCGCGGCUCUGCCCUGUGGUUGCUUCCUGAAAGACUCCCGCGGUCCUGCGGCUGAGAGUGUUCAGUGGACACAGCCUGGCAGAAAGAUGGACAUGUAACCCAGCACCGGCUGUUGACCUGUCUGUCACCUUGAUGACUUCUCCUUUGGGUGCCUUUGCAGUCCAGUUCCCACAGCCUUCAAUCAGUGGCCUCUCACAGAUCACCAAGAGCCUGUUCAUCAGCAAUGGUGUGGCUGCCAACAACAAGCUCCUGCUGUCCAGCAAUCAGAUCACCACGGUCAUCAACGUCUCAGUAGAGGUAGCCAACACCUUCUACGAGGAUAUCCAGUACGUGCAGGUGCCUGUGAUGGAUGCGCCCAUUGCACGUCUCUGCGAUUUCUUCGACCCCAUCGCUGACCAUAUCCAUUCCGUGGAGAUGAAGCAGGGCCGCACCCUGCUGCACUGUGCUGCUGGUGUGAGCCGCUCCGCUGCCCUGUGCCUCGCCUACCUCAUGAAAUACCACGCCAUGACCCUUCUAGAUGCCCACACGUGGACCAAAUCAUGCCGCCCCAUCAUUCGACCCAACAGUGGCUUUUGGGAGCAGCUCAUCCAUUAUGAAUUCCAGCUGUUCGGCAAGAAUACAAUGCACAUGAUUAACUCCCCGAUGGGACUGAUCCCAGACAUCUACGAGAAGGAGAUCCGUUUUAUGAUUCCACUGUAAGCCAACCCAACCAGCUCCUAUAUCAGGGUCAGCAGUACAGAUCUGUCAUUAAUAGUACACCAACGUCUAAACUUGAACACUCUACUUGUGUUGCUGCAGGAGCACACCAGAUGGUGCUUUUCAUAAGGGCAAGAAUAGAGCAUUGCCAUAACUUUUCACCUCCUAAUCCACAGGUUUAGGGGGUACAUGCCUUAGAUGGCUGAAGCAGAAAGAUUGCAAGGUGAGUUUGAGGCCAGCCUGGGCAACAUAGUGAGACCCUGUCUCAAAAAAACAAACAACUCAACAAUUACUGCCCUGUAGUAUGUGUCUUUAGAUAUUAAAUUCUUUGGUUAGAGCAUGGUGAGUGGUAGGUCACAGCUACUGUCUGGAGGAUGGGGGAGGCAAGUGGUGGCCAUGCCAAAGAGCCCAGUGCACAGUGCAUAUGGCAGCCUUGGGGUCCUGCAGCUCUCCCCUAGAUGACCAACCCAGAGAUGACUCUGCCAAAAUCCCACCUCAUUCAUUCAAAGUCAGAGCCUUGAGCAUCCUGGUGCUCCCCAAUGUCUCACAGUAGGUGCCAACCUACUAGACACGGGGCCUCCCCUCCACCUUCACCACAGUGGCCCAGCUCUGGUCUUCCAGGCCAGACUUGCACAGGGCGUGGAUCACAGCGCUGCUCCGAUCAGCAGUACUCAUCCGGAAGGCCGUCCUGUCUACACACAGCCCUUUGUUUAUGUGUCUCAGAAGCCUCUGUGAGAAAGAAGAAAUAGCUUAAUCUUUGCUAAGCCUCAUCUGAGAAGUUUGCCAGAGCUCCCGCUGUGCAGCCUAGGAUGCACGCCCAGCUUUCUCCAAAAGGCCUUAUGUAGAAUUGCAGACCGUGUGAUCCAGUGUCCCAGGCUGGCUGGCUGUUCAGGAGUUAUGGGGACAGAGGUCAGGACAGGUGAGUUGACUCCAGGAGGCCCUGAAAUUCAGGGUUGCUCAGAAUCACUUAAUGUCAGGACCCAACUCAAGAAGGCUGUAUUUGGUUUCAGAGGUGAAUCCAGCUGGGUAGUGGCACUCGGGAAGCAGAGGCAGGAGGAUCUCUGUGAGUUUGAGGCCAGCCUGGUCUACAAGAACUAGUUCUAGGACAGGUAGGACUGUUACACAAAGAAACCCUGUCUCAAAAAAUCAAGAUAAUAAUAAUAAUUAACAAUAACAAUAAUAAUAUUUUUUAUAAAAAAAAAAAAAAAAGAGGUGUCCCCUGUAGCCCAGGCCAUGUGGCCUUGAGCUCCUUAUCUCUUGCUUGUACUUGAGGAAUGCUGGGGUCUAGGUGUGUGCCACCAUGCCCUGCAAAGACCAGUGCUCCACUUUGCUUUUUGUGGUAUAACACCAAAAGCAGCUUGGGGGAGGAAAGGGUUUCUUUGACUUACAGGUCCACACAAUCCACCAUGAAGGGACGUCAGGACAGGAACUCAAGGCAGGGACUGAAGCAGAAGCAAGGAGGAAUGCUGCUUACUGUCUUGCUCCUUCCCCAUGGCUUGCUCAUCCCAGUUUGUUAUACAGUCCGGGACCACCUGCCCGGGCUGGCACAGCCCAGAGCAGGCUACACCCUCUCCCAUAUUAUUCUUGCAUUAUUAGUCCAGAAGCCCCACAGACAUGCUCACCUAGUGGAAGGACCUAUUCCAAGGUGACUAGUUUAUGUCACAUUGACAAACACUGACCAGUUGGUCAGAUCUAGAGCUUUCAGAUUGCUUAUGAGCAAACAACAGCACGGCUGCCCUGUUGGGUGGCUUGAUGCGGUGCUGUGCAUCUCGAGUGCUGUAGAAACUGCAGACCUUCCCCCUGUAUGAGCCGGGUUCUCAGGAGGCGCAGAACCGGUAGGGUGAAAAGAAAAGAAUUUAACUUAGCAUAUGGGACGCUCAGCAGUGGAAGUGGUUCCACAGCGUCUGUCUCUCAUGGGAGAGGGAGAGGCCACAGUCCAUGAGUCUGGGACAUCAGCAGUCCCAGCCUGGCCCCAAAACCUGGAGUGCUCCCAGAGAGCCUGGAAAUGCUGGUUCUGAUGUCAGCGGCAUGUGGGAAGGCCGAGAGCAGGGGUGAAUGAUCUUCCUGCCGCCAUGCCGUUUUUAUCUGAGCUGCUUCCAGAAGUGCUGCCCACUCUUGGGUGGGUCUUCCCACAUCCAUUAUAGGCAACCAAGCAACGCUCCAGGUGUGGCUCCCUAUAGGUGAUUCUGAUUUAUGGCAAACUGACAUUUAAACCAACCAUACUCCCCAACCUACCUGUGCCCUGUUUUCAGAAAGGGACUGCCCAGGGGUUUGGUAUGAGGCGGUCCAAGUGGGAGGAGGCAAGCCGCUGCUCUAGGACUAAUCUCACCCUUCAGCAGAAGCAAACCCCCCACCAAACACACACACAGCAGGCAGGUGUGGCCAAGCCCCCACCCUCUAACUCUCCUGGCAGAAACACAGAUAGAAAUUUUCUUUUAAAAUAACUUUAUUUAAAUCUUUUAGUCAUAAAAAUAAAACAAUAAUCUAGGGGUGGAAAGAUGGCUCAGUGGUUCUGAGCAUUUACUGCUCUUGCAGAAGACUUGGGUUGGAUUCCCAGCAUCCACCUCGUGGCUCACAACUCUCUGUGGAUUCAGCUCCAAGGAAUUCGAUGCCGUUUUCUGGCCUCCUAGGGUACUAGGCAUGCAUGUAUUGCACAUACAUACACGUAGGGAAAACACUCAUGCACAGAAAAUAAAUCUUUUUUAAGUUCAAAUUAGCAUGUCAAUUCAACUUUUUUUUCUUUUCUUUUUUCUUUUUGUUUGGUUUUUUGAGACAGGGUUUCUCUGUAGCUUUGGAAACUCCCUUUGUAGACUCCCUUUGUAGCCUGGAACUCCCUUUGUAGACCAGGCUGGCCUCGAACUCACAGAGAUCCGCCUGCCUCUGCCUCCCAAGUGCUAGGAUUAAAGGCGUGCGUCACCACCCCCCGGCUUCAAUUCAACUUUUGAAUCCACAAUUUUCUGGGUCACCUCAUUCCCAAAUGGGACUCAACCCACGGCCUUGUGUGUGUUAGGCAAAUGUUCUACCACUAAGCUAAUCUCCAGCCCAGUUCUUUGAGGCUUGUUUUGAGUCAGAGUCUGGAACUCUUGUCUGGUCUGUAACUCAAUAUGUAGUUGAGGCUAGCCUCAAAUUCAGAGAGAUCAGGCUGCCUCUCAGCUUCUGCCUCCUCAGUGUGCUUACCACCACCACCCCUGUUGGAUUUUAACAGGUGCGUAGAAUGACGCCAUCACCACAAAUCAGGAGCCAGUCACGGGUCCCUUUUGUGGCCAGACCCCAACCCAAGCCUUCCCCACACGCUGACAAGCACACACGUGUGUGCCUACAGGUUUGCCUCUCCGGGCAGCCUGGCGCUCGCCCCUCACGCAGCCCCUGUCUUUGUUCUAUGGCAUUUGUACGGCUCUGCCACUUUUUACCCACUGAAGUGUAUUUAGUUGUCGGGUGUAGGGGUUAUAGGUGAAACUGCCAUACACAUUGCACACAGGUUGUUCAUUUCUCUAGGGUGUGUACUACAGAAUUCUGGUCACAUGAUGAUGGCCUCACCAGAACUGGAUUAAAACUAAUCAUAUUUACUCCUCAUUACCCUCCCUCAUCCCUUCCCACUUUUUCUGAACCCCUUUCUCUUCCCAGUAAGUUCCCUUAAAUGUUCAUAACUUUUCUGUGACUAUAUAAGGAAGUAUCGAUAUUUUAAAAUAUUAAAAAUUAAAUUUUCUUGGUUUUCCAAGGUAUGAUUUUUCCUUGUAGUCCUGGCUGUCCUUGAACUCACAGAGACCUGCAGCUUUGCCUCCCAAGUGCUGGGAUUAAAGGUCUGUGCUACCACCGUUCAGCUGUAAAUGAGGAGUUUUGUUAUGGUGUAUUGAUAGAUGUCAUUACACUACUCCCUCCCUCUCCUUGUCCAUAUUUUUUAUUUUUAAAUAAUAUAUUUUUGGAAAAUAUACACGUAUAGGUAUAUUUUGAUUGUCUCCGUCCCCCAGGGCCUUCUCCAAGUCAUCCUAGUGCCCUUGUUCUGCCUCCCUCCCAAUAUCAUGUCCUCCUUUUGUUGCUGUUGUUGUUAUUAAUAACCCUGAAACCAGGUGGUGCUGCCCAUAUGCUCGUGGGUGUGGGAUCAUACCUAGGGUGUGGGCAACUUAGCAGUGGCCAUGCUGCCAACGGAGAGAGGCCCUGUCUCUCUCAGCAGCCAUCAACUGCUGGUAGCUCCUCCACAAGGUGAGGCUUGACUUGUGCCAGUAACAAUCGGUGCUAAGAGUGGACAUUACAGUGGCCACGUGAUAUCCAGCAGCCAGCCUGUCUCCUCAUCCUCUAGCCCUUACAUUCAUGAGAGGGAGCAGGAGACUGGUUGGUGCUUCCUGCAGAAGAGAAUAUUCUAGCACAGUAACAUUUGUUGUAAAGGGUGACAGCUAGGAGUUGCCCUUUAAUUUAUAGACACAUUUUAUGUUAAAAUAAGUGAACCUUGCUUAAGGCCUAAACCUAUAUGACCUUUAAGUGUGACCUUACUCCUUUCCUAGAUAUUUUUGGGAUUCCCAAAAACAAGACUAACCCCCCUUUUUUUUUUACAGUAGAAACGUCUUAACUUCCCCAGCAACCCUGUGAUCUAGAGUUUUACCUUAGCAGUGCCCCUGUCCAGUGCAUAGAAACUAGCCAUGAGCAUCUUAGGCUCAAGUCCAAAGCCACUAGAAACAUACAGAUGGCUGCUGUGAAGACACUGAGCUGUGGCUGAGACACCCAGACACACGCUCUCGGAGAUGCUGGCUUUCCUCCCCUGCUCCUCUUUUUCUACAUCUUUGCGCUUAAAAUGUUUGUUUUUUUAAAUAAACUAACUCUGCUUCAGACUGGCUCUUCCUGAAAUUCUUUUCUACUUGGAAGCCUAGAAUCCAGCUCUACUUGAGUGGAGAUCCCUAAAACUAAGGGAACUCAAAAGGCUGCCACUGGGAGACACUGCCGCCCCUGACCCUUGAACAAAGCAACCGUGGAGAUUAUAUUCAGGGAGCCUAGACAUAUUCCUACAGGUGCUGGCCCAUUCCUGGACAUGCUCAGUUGGACUUCACAACUGAAGAGGAAAGAGUAGACACACUGGGACAUGCUGAGCUGACCUCGGGUCAGGGGCAUAUGUGUACAGAAGAUGGAAGGCCAGAUUGCCUCAGCAUGCUCAGCCUGCCCAAGGAAUCAGCUUUGUAGAAAGAGAACUUUGGGGGUGUAUUACACAGGAUUUGGCCUGGAAAGGCGCCUGCCUCAAUUAGUGGUUGGUUAGCAGAGGCAAGGAAGGUUUUGCGGGGUUCAUGGUAUCAUGGCUGGGAUGAGCAGUGUCCUUGUCCUCAGGCUCAGCUGCUGGGCUUUUCUCUGGACACAGCCUGGGUAGAGGAACCUCUGGGUGGUCCUGUUUAAGCCCCGCCUCCUAGGUAGGUUGGUAAAAUCUAUGUGGAUAGGAAAGAGACCUGCAGGUGUCUCCCUUAGACUUUCUCUUGGUGUUUUGAGACAGGAUCUCAGUAUGUAGCCCAGGCUGACCUGGAAUUUACUUACUGGGUAGCCUAGGUUAGCCUCAGAAGCCUCCCAAGUGUAUAAGACAUCAUGUUUCUAGGAAUUCAUACACACUUGAAUGUAAAAAGUAGAGGAAGUGUUUAACUGAGCAGAAAAAUGUGGAGUUAUAGAAAAUGGGGGACAAAAACAGAAAGGUGUACUUGAAGACAAGACCUUGAAAUGGGUAAUUAAAACCAAAAGAAGCUGCUCAUUUCAAAGUUUGUGUGUUGGGGACUGGAGGAGUAAGGGUGUGUGUGUGUGUGUGUGUG